AUAACGCUAGAAUCAUGGAAUCUAUUGUGUAUCCUGAACCAAAAAGCGUCUCUGAUGAAGUGCCAGUACCAGUAGAGGUAUCGGACAUCAAAGACAUGAUUGAUACAGUCGAUGACAGCAUAUCCAGGCUUGGCGAGCUGAAACUUCUCAAAGAAGAACAGGUGUAUCCUGAACCAAAAAGCGUCUCUGAUGAAGUGCCAGUACCAAUAGAGGUAUCGGACAUCAAAGACAUGAUUGAUACAGUCGAUGACAGCAUAUCCAGGCUUGGCGAGCUGAAACUUCUCAAAGAAGAACAGGUGGAUCCUGAGCCAUCGAAGGUCUCUGAUGAAGAGCCAGUAGAGGUAUCAGGCAUCAAAUACAUCAUUGAUACAGAAGACAGGCUUGGCGAGCUGAAACUUCUCGGAGAAGAACAGGUGGAACCUGAGCCAUCAAGGGUCUCUGAUGAAGGGCCAGUAGAGGUAUCAGACAUCAAAGACAUGACGGAUUCAGUCGACAGCAUGUACAGGCAUAGCGAGCUGAAACUUAUCAAAGAAGAACAGGAACCAUCGUCAGCUGAUAGUGGGAGUGAUUCGUCUGCAGAAGAUGAGGAAGAAGGCAUCAAUGAAGAAAUGGUAGGAGAGGGGAGGGCUUCAUGCAAAACUACUUCUAAAAAGCUUCAUCAAUGUAAAUUCUGCGCAAAAAGCUUCUCUCAGACUUAUUUGAAUGUUCACAUGCGUACACACACCAAAGAGAAGCCUUAUCAGUGUACAGUCUGUACCAAAACGUUCUCUCAGUCUGGAAAUCUAACUAUUCACAUGCGCACUCACACCAAAGAGAAGCCUUAUCAGUGUACAGUCUGUACCAAAAGGUUCUCACAUUCUAGCUAUUUGACUGUUCAUAUGCGUACCCACACCAAAGAGAAGCCUUAUCAGUGUACAGUCUGUACAAAAAGGUUCUCUCGGUCUGAACAUUUGACACAGCAUAUGCUUACCCACACGAAAGAGAAGCCUUAUCAGUGUACAUUUUGUAAUAGAAGCUUCUCUCAGUCUGCUCAUUUAACUUCUCAUUUGCGUAUUCACACCAAUGAGAAGCCUUUCUCAUGUGUGCAAUCUGUACAAAAAGAUUUUCUCAAUCAAGUGGUUUGACAACUCAUUAUCGUAUUCAUACCAA